CAAGAAGUUUGGAAGAGGACCUCGGGAACUUACUGGUGCUGUUGAUCUGAUCAAUCAUUACAAGUUGUGGGCACACCAUGAUUUUUUUUGCAAAAGGACUCUGCCUCUGUCAAUUUCAGACACACACUAUCUUCACAAUGUGGUGGGUGACACAGAAAUCCGAAAGGGAGAAGGGAUGGAGCUUGACCAGCUGUUUCAGAGUGCUCCAUACUUGAGAGAGACAACUGCUAACAUACGGCCCUUUGACUUGGACAUCCUUGGGCAAGCAUUUCAGCUGCGAGAAACAGCUCCAAUUGAUUUACCCUCUGCAGAAAAAGGAAUACCUACAAUUUAUUCAAAAUCAAAAAGCGAGUCCAAGGACAAGGACAGGAAGCAUAAAAAGCACAAGGACAAAGAUAAGGACAAAGACAAGGAGCAUAAGAAGCACAAACACCGUCACAAAGAUCGAAGUAAAGAUAAAGAGAAAAAGAAGGAUAAAACUGGACAUCAUGAUUCUGGUGGUGAUCACUCAAAGAAACAUCAUGAGAAGAAGAGGAAGCAUGAUGGUAAUGAAGAUCUUUCAGAUGUUCACAAGCACAAGAAAAGUAAGCAUAAGAGUUCAAAGGUUGAUGAAGUGGGAGGAUAAAGGAUGCAGGCGUAAAAUCUGCUUGUUCACAUAUUACAAACAUGCCAUUAUUGAUUAUUUUUUUGAAGGAUUUUCUUGCACGAGCACCAAAAUUUUGUGAGGCUUAGGAAGAUUGGGACACCUUUUUAAUCAAGGUGGGAGUGGAAACGCUCGUAGCCAAGCACUUGCACUGAUAAUAUCAGACCUGCCUAACAGUGGUCUCUAGCCACUCCUCUCUGUUAACAAAACGGACUGUUAACUAACUGCAGUGCAGUGCUGUGCAGCUCUUUCUGUCUCCUAAUCACUAACAUAUGGUGCCGGGGCAGUUAGAGCCUACUUGUAAGGAACAUUAACUCGUCUGAUCCAUUAGUCAGCACUUUGAAAUUUAAUUAUUGAGUUGAGUUCCGCUGGUAUAUGCUCCUUAAUAAAAUAUGGUCAUGAAAGCAGGUUUACCAGUUCAGCGGCUUUUAAA